AUGAACAAUCAAGUUAAUAAUAAAUCAAAGCCAAAGUACAUGUAUAAAAUUAUUUUUGUUGGAGAUAGUACUUGUGGAAAGACAGCAUUUAUUCAACAAUAUGUAAAUAAUUACUUCUCCAAGACUUAUAAAUCAACUCUAGGUGUGGACUUCUCAUAUAAAGAGUAUGACUAUGAUGAAAAUACAUGUUUUAAUUUACAAGAUAUUGCAGGACAGGAAAGGUUUAUUAAAGCCAUGACAAGUGUUUUUUAUAGAGAUGCUGUUGUUGCUGUGAUUAUGUAUGAUGUGACAAAUCCUGUGACAUUUGAUCAUACUAAAGAUUGGAAAAUUGAUAUUGAUUCAAAAGUUUUUCUUCCACCACUCAAUGAAAAUGAUUCUGAUGAUAUUCCAAUACCUUGUAUUCUAGUUGGAAAUAAGAUUGAUUUAAACAAACAUGAGAAGCUUAAUUUCAAACCAAACGAAUUGGAUGAAUAUGUUAAAAAACAUGGAUUUGCUGGAUGGGUUGAAACAAGUGCAAAAGAUAGGACAAAUAUGGAUAAGGCUGUAAAAAUGAUAGUGGAACAGGUAUUAAAAUAUCACGAGAAGGAAGUUCAAAGAGAAAUUAGACCAGAAAAUCCAAUGGCAAUCAAUAUCGAUAAGCUUGUUGGAGAUAUGCCAAAGAGUGACGAUGGAUUGAAUUCUGAGGAUGCCAAGAAAAAGAAUUCGUCUUCAGGAUCUUGUUGUUCUAAAUAA